AUGGCUUCGAUAUCACAAUCCGAGUACCCACCAAAGCUGUCGGCGGAAGAGGAGCACUAUCUGCUGUCCAACGUCAAGGACUGGUCCAUAGCCCACGGCCUAGCGGUGCGUCCGGCGCCGUCGUUUGUGCAGCCUUUGCAGGAUCCAUCAGGCGUUCUCGCAAGCACAGCACCGGUCACCUUGUUCCCUAGUGUUUUCCCGCGGUCUUGUUUCGAGCAGGGGCUUGCCAUACAAAAGGCCUACAACGAGUUAUACUCGGCAAUCGCAAGAGACGAGCCAUGGCUUCAGAGCAUAGUGGAGGAGCUCGUGGGUGUAGACGACUUUGUUGCCAAGCUAUGGCACAUACAUUUGGAGGUCAAGAAGGAGGGCUAUGUACAAGAUGUCUCGCUGGGACUGUUCCGCUCAGACUACAUGGUACACCAGGACUCGUCACAGGCUAGGCCGUCAUCUGGACUCAAGCAGGUGGAAUUCAACACAAUCGCAUCCUCGUUUGGCGGACUGUCGAGCCGGGUGUCGGCGCUGCACAAGCAUCUGCUGGCCAUUGACGCGUACCCGAAAUCGACGUCUUCCAUCAUCAAAGAAGAGAAGCUGCAGCUGAGCAAGUCUGCUUCGUCACUGGCAAAGGGUCUUGCUGCAGCGCACAAGGCAUAUGGAUCAUCACGCACUGGCCGGCCACUCUGUGUUUUGUUUGUCGUGCAGGACCCGGAAAGAAAUGUGUUUGACCAGAGACAUGUCGAGUAUGCGCUGCUGGAAGAAAACGGGGUUCGCUCAUUCCGCUUACCGUUCGGCGAGACGUUGUCGCACACAAGACUGGAUUCAGACCGGACCUUGAUCUACACGCCGCCAAAUGCACCCGCGAUGUCGUACGAAGUGACGACGGUCUACUUCCGGGCGGGGUACUCGCCGGACGACUAUGCAAAGGAUGACGACUGGGUGGCACGCCUGCAGCUGGAAAAGAGCCGCGCGAUCAAAUGCCCUAGCAUCUUGACGCACCUCGCCGGCUGCAAGAAGGUGCAGCAGGUGCUUGCAACACCGCAUUCGCCGCAUGUCAAGCGCUUCCUGGCCGAUGAAAAGGUUGCAGCACGUGUGUUGGAGACUUUUGCUCCCAUUUACCCGCUGGACGAGAGCGAGGCAGGCCAAGAAGCACGCAAGCUCGCGACCGACGUUUCGACAGCAACCAAAUAUGUGCUGAAGCCACAGCGCGAGGGAGGCGGAAACAACGUCUACCGGAAAGCUAUCCCGGCAUUCUUGUCCAAGCUUCCCGAGACACAGUGGCCAGCGUACAUUUUGAUGGAGAUGAUCGAGCCGCCAGCGCUAGCCAACGCCAUUCUUCGGAACGGAGAGGUGCAGAGGGGUGGCGUCAUCUGCGAGCUUGGGGUAUACGGCGUAUGCUUGUGGAGGGAGGGCCGUGGGGAGGGCCAGAAGGGAGAGAUUGUUGAGAACUGGGAGGCUGGGUACCUUCUCCGCACAAAGGGCGAUCAGAGCGAAGAGGGCGGCGUAGCUGCAGGGUUUGGAGCCGUGGACAGCUGCUGCUUGGUGGGCGAGUGA